AUGGCGAAGGGCCUGGACGACUUGAUCGAGUUUCUGCUCGAGGAGAUUGCUGUCAGUGGAAGUCGAGGUGUUACUAUCCGUGAUGUUGCUCACUUCAUCUCUUCAUUCUACAACGACCUGGAAGAUAACUCACGAUCCAAUGCCCCCGUUGAGCACAUUGAACCAAGCCCUCCGGUUACAGUUGAUUUCCCCCUACUUUCCAAGAUCUGGUCCUGGUUAGGUCGGCAUCCUGAUGUCUCUAUCGGUGAAGAUAGAAGGUACAACAAGACAUCUUUGACGGAGAUUGAGAUUCAAUUUCCGAACUACGUCGACCUUGGUCCCAAUGGUAGGCAAAUACCCGCUGAGGACGGUGCCGACUCGGACGGGUCAGAGCAACCCGGCACAACACCAACGAAGCAACCAAGACUUCAGAAACCCCGUGCUAGUAAGGGUCCACGGAUCUCUGUUAGCGAGACGCGAAUCUGGCAAGCGAUAUGCGGUCAUCCGCCAGACCUCAGCAAGGUUGUACCUCUUGAGUUCGAACUCUUGUCUCAUAUUGCGGCAGCAAGGUCAACUGGAAUUUUACAAGGAGACCUUGUGAGAGCAUCUGGCCAGGACAAACGCUCUGUACCUAAGCGGACGGACUCCCUACAAAGCAAAGGCUACAUCACAAAGGAAAUCGUUUUUCGCCACGGUACUCGGACAAGUCGACUGACGCUGAGAAAGUUCGCCCGACAAAAUGCAGCAGACGCUGAGCCGUUCCAUAAGCUCCAUAGCCUCCCACAACGUGGUUCAACUUUGCGAGAUGUCGUCCGCAGGAUUUUUGAUGUGCUGGAAGACCGCAAGCUUAUAUCUCAAACAAGUCUAGCAGAAGAACUGAGCCUGGGGUCUUCGGGGGAGUCCGCCAUCCUUUCCAAGAUCAUCCGUCGGCUCGAGAAGCUGAAGUGUAUCAAGAGAGUCCGAACUGCUGUCGGACCUUCUGCAACCUCUGAUGACCUACGACAUUUCGUUCAACUGGUGCGGCGUGCCGGCGCAGUGGACCUGGAUAAUUUCGACACAGAGAUGUUGUCUUUGAGCCAGACAGUUGAGGAGUUGGCAUCCACUUACGACCGCAAAGAUCGCAACAAUGGUGCCCUCGAAGUUCCAGCCGCCGAGGAGGAAGAUGACGAGUCCGACGAAGCUGUUUAUAAACCUGCCAGGUGGAACCCUGACCGCUUGAUGCCUAAUGUUAUGGUUGAUGCCGUACGACUUGCGGGUCAAGAGGGUCUGACGAAUCUGAAUGCACGUAAAAUGAUUACUGGCGACUUUGUGCGCCGUCAACUAGAGUCUCUGUUACUCCGACUUUCAUGCGAAUCACUCAUCAUGCAGCCCCAACAUUUGUGCCACUUGGCCAUCGUCCGGACCACCGUGAGACAGGAAGGGGUCACGCAGUAUGUCCAUUACUCGUGGGAUACCUUUCUACAGAAGGCUACAGACCACCAUCUCGACGUUUCCGAUAUCCCAGGUGCUGGUCAGAUGAUGAAGAGGCUUGCAGAAAAUGACGCUGGCUCCGAUGUCGACCACCAGAACUCCCUUCAUUUUGAUGUUGAUGAGUUCGGGUUUCCGGUGCAACCCCCUCUGGCUCUGCAGCUGCGUCACGGCCAGGCUACCUUUUUCGAGUUAAUAAAGGCAGCUGCCGCUGGAGAUGUCAAACAGCGCAACGGGGAACCUGCCAUUGUUAAGCACGGGAUGAAGAUGGCUCUUACAACACGCGACGAGUCGACAGCCGUGUCCAGCACGCCAAACCGGGUUCCUAACCGGUUGUCUCACCAGCCGCAGCAGCCUACGGGACAACCGCUAAAACGCCGCAGAAAUUCAGGUGAUGAGAAGACAGCAAUUGGCCGUCCUCGCAAAUACAUGCGGGGCACGGAAAAGUUCUGGCGGAUGCAAUUCAAGCAGGCAAGACCGGAUGCUGGCACGAGUUCUGACAACCUUACAAAGGGAAUCGCCCAAAAUCCCUCGGCCGUUGCUUUACAUGCCCGACGCCCAGCAGGUUUCGAUGAAGCACUAGUCCAGGCCCUAGAGGCCAAAUUGCCGAUACCCAUGCAUCCGGAAGACAUCAACGAGGACUGGGUCCGUUCGACAAAAACCAUGAUAGAUCGUUCUUCAGAGGGCAUCUAUAUAUCUCCUAAAGGGUUUCGCUCCGACAACAGCCAGAAAGUAGCGCAGAUCAUGAUUGUAAAAACUCCACGGCUAAAAUCACUCGACUUCAACGAGAGGGACGUCAUCCAUCCAUUUCGCUUCCUCUCUUCUAGCGCGUCACAUAGCUUCCCAUUCCGAAGGUAUUAUCCUAAUCUCCCACCCUGGAGUCAAGCAGCGCCAGGUGCGCCAAGAUCAUCGAAGCGCCAGGCUAGAAGGGCACUCAGCAAGGUCGAACAGAAGGGGAAAACAGGCCCUAGAUUGGGCGUUUUCUAUGAAAACCCGCGCCUGCAGGCGCCACAGGCUCCUGAACUUCCAAAGGCCGGCGAUGUUCAGCUACAGGUAAACGUGUCCAUGGACACUACCGACGAAGAAACCGGACCUCUCCGUGAGAGCACUUUGUUGCCUAGAGACUCAUCCCCCGCAUCGAUGAAUGAGGUCGUCUCUCCCAAGGACGUGAGAAUUGGAAUUGUGCAGGCCGAAGGAGGUUCGCAACAGAGCAAUCAAGAACGAGACCGCAGCUCAGUGACACCGGUGGCUCCAAGCUCGAGGCCCACCACCACCGAAACCCCUCGUAUCAGACCUUCCAGAAAUCGGAGGUUAACCCGCAAAGCCAUCGAGUCUCGGAAUUCAGAUCAGCCCUCCUCCCAGCUGCCUGAUGUCCUUUCUGAAGCUCCGAAAGUCCCAUUCGAUAUAUGUGCAGCAGACUCUGGAUUCCAAAAUGAGACAUCCCUUGAUCAAGAACCUGAAACACUCAGUGCAGAGGCAGUGACACAUUCUAUAGACCACUCGCCCACAAAGGAGCGCUCCGCAGAUAUCCCAGACUCGGAUACACAGAAGACACAAACCCCUCACUAUGCACAACAUCCCAUUCCCAGUGCCGCAGAAAGGGAUGUUGAUGCUAGUCCCAGUGUUGGUGAUACAGCAGUUACGAGAAUGCCUGCGGUUGAAAAUGACAUCACCGAGAAGCCAGCUACACUGGCUAUCUUAGAGGGAAUCUCCGAAGUUGCCACAACCAGAAGUCCCUCUGUGGCUGAGCGGGUGCAAGAGAGCCAUCAUGUCGCAGAAGAGAUGGACACUGUGCACCAGAAAAGCUCCUUCCCAUCUGAGGCCGACACCAGACAACGAGUCUUAAAGGCAAGUAGUGCAAGAACUGAGUCUGUUGACACAGGCGACUCUGAAGAGGAACCACAGCCAAAGAACCGACAAAGUCAAGGGAAACAGCGCUAUUUCGACGGUGCCAAGGCACUCUUUCGGAGAAUAGUUCUUCAACUGAUUCAGGAGACAUCAGGGGUCGUGCCAAAUGAUCCGCCUACGCUCAAACGCAUCUCGUUGCCUCGCUGGCAGGAGGCUGGUGGGCAAGGUCGACCCUUGCUUAAAACAAUCAAGACUGCAAUCAAAUCCUUGACCGAAUCUCGGAGACUAAAACAGGUCAUUUUCACGUUCCGAGCGAAGUCUGGGCUUAUGGUUAAGCGGUCAAUCAUCUUCUUACCGCAUAUCGACCCUUUGUCUCAGGCGGUCGAAGACAUGAAGCAGAAUAUUAUCAACGCAGAACCAACUGACUAUGUCCCGCCUGAGUGGCGGGGUGAAGGCUAUCGCAUUCCCCUCGUCAAUAAAAGGGCUCCGAGCAGAACGCCUGAAGUCGAAGAGCGACGGCCCAGAAGACGACGCGCAUCGACGGCAGCGUCAGACGGAACCAUCGCCUCCGCCGCCAGUCAGCGUGAGGGGAGCCAUACGGAAACAGCCACACCGUCUCCGGUUGUAAUGCCAGAGACUCCGGCAACGGCUUUCCUCACGCUCAAAGUUCCAGCACUGGGGUCACUUCCAGUUGUGCAUCUCCAUAAGUGGAGGGCAGAGUGUCCAGUAAGUGCUUUACGCUCCGAUACUUCCGAUGCGAAUCCGUGGAAAUCGAGCGCGUUCCGACCCGUACGGCGGCGCCGGAGAGUGGAACAACAAGCCAUGAAGACAAAUGGACGUUCAAUCAUAUGGCGAAAUUUCCCCUCCUCAUUGGAAGAUAUCCUGCAGCUUCCUGCUCUCAAGUUGGACUACGAUGCCUUUCAAGCCGACGAUCCUGACUGGCAACGUUUUGCCUGUGAGGUCGAGGGAGUUCGCGCCUGGGAAGAACAAGAGCCCGAGGUGGCUCUUUCGAAGCGCUCUAAGUUCGCUUUCAUCAAUCAUUUGGUCCCAGGUGCCUUGUAUGCAGGGUCAGUCGUUCCCUUGUCUGUUGAAUUUAGUAAGAUUGUCAAGUUCGACAAAGAUGGAGUCGAUUUUGAGGUUGCAUAUCCUCCUGCCGGAUCAUGGCCAGCAUUUGUGAACGCCCUAAAUGCACCUCCCAGUGUUACUUCCCGAAUCGCAGCGCUCGACGAGACAGACUUGAUAUCGGCGCCACCUUCUUCCCCAAAGCGUGGCAUUCGGCGGUCAAACAGACCGUCCAAGCGCGUGCUGUCUGAAGAUGACCACGGCUUCGUCCGCCCACCGGCACCUAAACGCCGCAGGAAAAUAGCACAGGGUCUAUACUCGGCACCAUCGAGACGGACUGGAAUACUAGCUCUGAAUGCUACACGCCAAAAGCUUCCUCGAGGUGCCAAGUGGCUGCAGACCAUGCCAGAGGAAAUGAUUUAUCGCAUUGCCAUUGCUGUCAUUGUUGUUCGGACGAUAGCUGGCGGUAUGCAAAGUUUUAUCAACUGGCAAAUUGUCAUGACGCUGUUUCCGGAGCAAAAAGAAGAAGUUAUCAAAGCUCGGUGGAACACACUAUCAACAAGAUACAGUUCCGACAUACAAAAUCUCACGGAUGACUUUCAGUCGAAAUACUUGGACGCGCUGCAAGCGGGCGAGGUAGUGUCGGUUACCUUUGAUGACAUUGGAACCACAGAUUGGGGCGCCAUUGUCGAGUGGGCUCUGAAGAACCUCGACCAUUUCAACUUGAGGCGGAUUGCACACCUUCCAGCUGACCGAGAUGAUUUGCUGGAUCGCUAUACCGUGGAAUUUACCCAACCCAAAUACUCUCACAACCUCAUUUGGGGGAACAGCACGACGAACGUCAAGGAAGAAGUCGCUAGGUCGGUUGUUUUCGGCACAUGCGCUGAUUCGACUAUGCAACCCGGUAUCCUUCGUUAUCAACAUGACUUCGAAGUUGAGAUGGCCGCGCCAGCCCUUCGCGUGGCCAAAUCAUGGGUACUCGCCACCAUUUUCACCCCAGAAUCAGUGUUCGAUGCGGCACUGGCCCAGACCAAGCUCUCCUCCCUUGGCUCAGACCAGUUUGAAUGUGACGCACUCCUUUCACGUGUAUUGAAAUUGCUCCAAGACGAGAGGAUCAUACAACGGAAGCAGAGUCAUCAGCCACUGGAGCAAGGGUUGCGUGUGCGCACAUGGGAACCCCAUAGGAAGUUCUUUGAGCGAUUCGAGGAACGUUGCAUGGUCACUCCCGAAGGGCUGCGUCGUGCCGUCAGAUACAAAACAGAAAUUCUUGACCGUGCGUUUGCUCAGGGACAUAGUAUGGUGAUCGACAAAGAGGCAGUUGUAUCUGACGGUGAGAUGGUGGCAAUAUUGAACUUGAUAGCGACGGGACGGAUCAAGGUCCGACCAGGUGCGGACGUGCCCAAGACUCGCUACGGCCUGGAUCACGAACGAAUAGGGUACCGAACCAAAACCCUGGACAAGAAGUUGCUAGGCUUCAGCAUUGAGAUCACGCCGACAACGGAGUAUCUGUUUGGAGGUCCUUUGUCGGGCGAAUUUGGAAUACGCCAGGUCCCCGUCCCACGGGGCCAGGCAGAUGAACCUAUGGGCUCAGUUCCAUUGUGGGUCGAUAUUCAUGGAAAUGUGCAGGUGUCACUUUGGCACAAGCUCCUUGUGGGUGUGCUCGGGUUUGUCUCACAAAUGCCGGGCGUGACUGCCUCACACAUCUCAAGGGCUUUUGGUUUCGUCCCUGAUGAAGUUGAGGUGGAGUUGAUCAUGCAGUGGUGUGCACAAUCUGGAUUCGCAAAGAUGAACCCUCGAACGAAGGGAUAUGAGACAUUGGAGUGGUGGUGGCUGUGUGUUGACGAGGCUGUCGCAUAA